AUGUCAUUUUUCGACGGAGUCUUGGAAGCGUGCACGGACACUCUGGGGUCCUACCUGCAGCUUGUCCAACCGGACGUAAAAUGGACGAUCGCGUACGUAAUAUUUUUCCUGUGGAUGUAUUUGUUCCAUGCGCCGUUUCGUGUUCACAGCAACUGCCGGACGGACUGGUACGCGCAGCUCACGAAGGUGCUCCAGGCGUGGUUUGGCAUCGUUGUGCUUGUCUUCCACGUUGGUCCGCUUUUUCUCUUCUCCAGGCGGCCGUCAGUUCCGUCGUUGGGCGUGGGCGAUGAGGCCACGGAGGCCACUGUUUUCUUCCCCACAUUCUGCGCGACGACGCUCAUCGUCCUGUACGUCCACAAGAAGAAGCGUGAUUGGGGGUUGAGCCUGACGUACGGGUCGACCGUCACGAUCGUUCUUCUGAACGCGCUGCUGCUCUCGUUCUUUUCCACCGUGCACUACGCGUACUGCAUGCAGCUACAAGAGCAUGACCGCCAAGCGUGGCUUAUGCGCGUGGUGGAUCUGGCCUGCCCCGCGUCGGCGAAGCAGGCUCCCUUCCUGACCUUGUCGCUGCUGAGCAUGUUGAAUGUCCUUUUUAUAGUGCUGGACUACCAGUACAAGAGACUGCGCGGGUUUGACCCUGUGCGGGGGCUGCUGUGGAGCGAGGCGUUUGAUACGCGAGAGGACGGGGCUGGGGCGUCUCUGGCGCUGGAGCCCGGCGUGGACUGGCGGAGGUCGCAGCCGCGUCCUCGCCGUGUGACGGCGCGGGGGGGCGCGACGGGCGUGGGUCCCACGGAGGCCCGCGGCCGGAGCUUCGCCGCGACCCCGAAGGAGGUGCAGUCGCUGCUGGCCAGCGUCCACCCCGUGAACCGGCCCGGCAUGGUGCCGUGGUUCUCGACUUUUAUUGCGGGCACGGCGGCGCAGGCGGCGCUGGGCGCGGUGCUGAAUUUCUUGACGUUUGACCAGCGCGGCCUGGAGCUGCACGCCGCCCCCAAAGUCUUCCACCUUUCCUUCGAGCACCGAGGUGGCGCGGCAUCGAACCCGACGAGCGACGCGAGCUCCUCGCGGUCCGUCUUCGGCGCCGCCGCGGGCGAGGCGAAGCGUGCGGGGCCCCUCGCCGAAGAGGAGGUCGGCGUGUGGUUUGACUUCGUUGGGGACGUUGGCGACGGCUUCAACUCGACGUAUGAGAUGGCCCGGCUGAUGGCGCAGCCGGCGCUGCUGCUGCCCACAACGGCGGGUGCGAAGAACUCGCGGAGGCGGGAAGGACACCGGCGCACCACGCUGGCGCCGUUUUCCAGGCGGACCCGCGCCACGCCUUCGUUGUCCCCGCCGCCGCCGUUUUCGCGCCGUACAUCGGUGCCGGAAGCCGGCACCAAGGCGGCGGCGGACCGAUUGUCGCUCACGCUGGACGACUACAGGCCGAGCAACUCACACUACCUCCCGCGUGCGUCUUUCGUGCUCAUCGGCGGGGACUUGGCGUACCCGAACCCCACGGACGAGACGUAUGGAACGCGGCUGCGGGGGCCCUACGAGGAUGCACUCGGGGGGAACGCCGAACUGCGCAGGCUGGUGAAGCAGCGGUACAGUGAGGUGGUGGUGCCCAGCGCGGCAAACGGUGACGAGGCACACGUGAGCAUGCUGCCCGCGCCAAGGGUGGAUGCGAUGGUCCGCCGCGGCGGCUUGGUGGGCGGCGGCUACAGCGACGAAGAUGUGCUGCGCAGUGUGCCGCUUCUUUUCGCCAUUCCGGGCAACCACGACUGGCUUGACGGCCUCGUGACGUUCAAAAAGUACAUUGUAGCGGAGAAGUGGCUUGGGGGAUGGCUGAUGCCGCAGCGGAGCUCCUUCUUUAUUUUGACGCUCCCACACAACUGGUAUGUUUUCUGUGGGGACACCGGGAGCAUCGCUGACAUCGACUGCGAGCAGCGCAAUUACUUCUUGAAGUUCAUUGAGGUGAACCUCAACGACGAGGCGUGCGCCAUCGUGACUUGCCACGAGCCCGCGUGGGUAUAUGAAGCCAUGGAAGGCACCCGCACCUCGCCGAUGCAGCCGCAAUUGAACAGGGUGAUCGAGGCCCUCGGGACACGGCUGCGGCUGCGGCUGUGCGGGGACAUUCACCACUACACACGGCACACGCCUGCCGACGCUCUCUCCGAUGCCCCGACGCUUGUUGUGAGUGGCGGUGGUGGUGCCUUUCUGCACGGCAUGCGCAAUGCGCUUGUCGUGACCCAGGGAACCGAGUACAGGCGGUCAUCGGCGUUUCCGUCACGGAACGUGCUGACGUCGAUUCUCGCUCGUCUUGUUGGUUUUCGCCUCAUCAACUGGAAGUUUGACGUCAUCGCGGGGUUUCUGAGCUUCGGUCUCAUCGUGUCUGCCCUUCCGCUGACGAUGCAGGACGAACGCAUGCGGGAGGUCACGGGGCUUCCACAGUACGCUGCGUGCGUUGUUAGCCUCACGCUCGAUCUGACCCUCUUCACGUUUGAGAAGGCGGUUGUGUCGUUGAUUAUUCUCACGUUCGUUUUCGCAGUCUUUUUCUCCGGUGGGGCGGAGCAGAGGGGCGCAGUAUUUCGUCUCUUCUACGCUUCGUACUGGACGCUGCUUGUGGUGCUCUGCUCCACGGGCGUGCUGGCCGUGGUGCACACCACGCUUAUGUACAUGACAAACCGCCACAUGCUCCUGUCGACGCGGGGGCACUGGGGCAGUAUGAUGGAGGUUCAGGUGCGCAGUGCCGCUGACACCGCGCUGGUUCGCACGCGGGAGGUGCUUGGGGAGGACCACGUGGUUGCCGCUGCGCUCGGGAGGAUGCAGCUCGCGGCGCACGGCAGCUGGCUUGUUGAGGGCGGCUGUAUUUUGCUGCGCGGCUUGGAUGUCAUGGAGAAUCUGGCGUAUCUAUCGCAUCAAGUCAGUAUGAACGUGACGGGCACCUUUUCUUCGUCGACUGACCGUCUGCACAUAUUCCUGUACUACCUUCAUCUCCUCCUGAUUUACUGGCUGCUGGCGACCCCUCUCAUCUCGUUUGUAGUUGGGUUGUUUCUGUUUGUGUCGGUCCAGUUCUUUGGGUUCAUGUACGAUGCGGCGUAUUCCUCCUUUCAGAUAGAGGAUUACAAGCACUUCAUCCGCUUCAGCAUCGACCGGCGAAGACGGCUGCACGGUUACGUUGUGGCGGAGAGGCGCGUGCCGAAGGUGUGGAGGCGUGACGCACGGCAUGUUGCCGAGUUCCUGAGCCCGGAGAAGGGGCGCCUCCCGCCGCAUUUGCGCGAGAGGCCGAGUCGGUGGCAACCGGUGCAGUCGGACGGGAACGAGUCGGUGGCCGAAGUGCUGGAGCACUUCGUGGUGAAGCCGCACCGGCUGUCCGGCCAGCCCUCCGCAGCCAAUGACGCGGAGUAG